UCGUUGAGUUCUCGUCGUGAUAAUACUUUUGUUAUGGAAGUUAUGCCUGGAGGAAAGAAGGAUUCAAAUAUAUAUAUAUAUGAUGAUUAUGUAUAUCAUAGAGACAGUCGCUAUGAUAAUGUCUUUCGAUGCAAAACACGUCAGACAACGAGAUGUCGAGGUUCAGUUAUGCUUCUUGAUAACAAUAGUAUACAUGUUUUACAAGAACAUAAUCAUCCAAAGUCCAAUUUUGUCAAAGCUCAAAUUGAAAUGAAAGAAGAAAUGCUAAGACUUUCUCGCGAUACUCAUAUUGGAUUAAAACAAAUAUUUGAUUCAGUUUGUAGAAGUAAUCCAGAUACAGCACAAUAUUUAAGUUUUCCUGCUAUAAGAUGUAGCAUGCAACGUGAACGAAUAAAAAGUCGACCUCCUGUACCUGAUACAUUAGCAGCAUUACGUGAUAUUUUGGAAAACUGUGAUAUAAUAAAAAAUGUGUAUAAAGGAAGCGUAACUACAAAUGAUGGAAAAACUGCAAUAAUUUUAUCUAGCAAUUAUUUACUAGAAGCUUUAUCAUCUGCUACAGAACUCUAUGUAGAUGGAACAUUUUCUGUUCUCCCGCGCAAACCUCAUAUUAUGCAACUUUACUCUGUACAUACACGAUACAUGGAUACGGGCAUUGCAACAUUAUUCAUUUUGUGUGAUGUGCGUACGGCUACUAUGUAUGAUAUUUUGUGGGAUAAAAUUAUACAGCUGGUACCACAACUUAAACAAAACAUUAAUUUUGUAAUGAGUGAUUUUGAAAUGGCUGCAGUAAAAUCGCUUAGUACGAAGUUUACCACAGCAAAGUUAACUGGAUGUUGGUUCCAUUUCAACCAAGUAU